AAGGCCUGGAAUGAAGGCGAUGGCCGGGGUCCUGGGACCCGGGAAUGCUCCGAGGACCGUGGGUUUGAACAAAAACUGCCGAUACAGCCUCCGCUCCCGCUGCCCAGCUGCUCCUAGGGGCGCGGUUGUUGCUACGAGACACUUGUGCCAGCAGCUGGGCAGUGGCAUGGAACUGGGUGCUUGUGCUUUAGAGCUGGAUAUAUCUUACUCUACCUAAAGUGCCCCUGGGGAGUGAGGGGCCACCACCCGGACAAGGGGUGUGGCAUCUGUUUUAGAGCAGAAGGUUGCUUCUCCCAAACCUGGGACACUGAGCUGACCGAGUUCACCUGUAAGACAGCCCUACUUCCACCACUCCAGCCUGGUUAUUCUAAGUGGGCUGCUGGCAUCGAGGGCAGGUGGGAGGGAAUGGGAGGAUCCCAUGGCCCGGGGUAAAAUGCAGACUCUGUUCCUGCUCCUGUCACCCUUGCAGUUUCCCUGUCUGCCCCCUUUAGCAUUUCACCAGCAAUUGGGGCUUCUCUCACUCUUCCCUAUUUUGGCAUUCCUGGAGUCUGCGAUCUAUUCAGUGCUCUGAGGAAGGAACUGCUACAGGGCAGAGUGGAAAAAUUACUUCUCUAGCCCAUCCCCUGACACCCUGGCCCUUAACUUCCCAGUUUGUUGAGUUCACAGGCAUGACCUAGACAGGGCAAGGGUGGGGACCCUGGGCUGGGGUUCAGUUCCCAGCUGGAUUCUAUUUUCUUUUUCCCUAGGGUUGGUAGAGGAAAGGAGGGGACUGAAAGGUCUUCAAAGACAACGUUAUUACCUGUUUGCUCCUCACAGCUACUCUGCUAGGUCUGCCACAAUGCUGCUGCACAGGGCUGUGAUCCCAUGUCUCCGACAGGCCUGCAGGCUCCAAUCAGUCCCCUCAAGGCUCUGCAUUCGGGCCUGCUCUACAAAUGAUUCACUUCAGCCCCAGUGCCCCAGCCUUGACUUCUCUGGUGCUAACUCCAGCACUAGGGGAUGGAGAGUCAUGGGGACUCUGCUAGGCCUCGGUGCAGUGUUGGCCUAUCAUGACCACCGGUGCAGGGCUGCUGAGAAGUCACCACGCAUAUAUACUAGAGAGGAAGUGAAAUCUCACAGCAGCCUUGAGACUAGGAUCUGGGUAACUCUGGGCUGUGAGGUGUUUGAUGUUACAGAAUUUGUGGAUCUACACCCAGGGGGGCCAUCAAAGCUGAUGCUAGCAGCAGGUGGUCCUUUAGAGCCUUUCUGGGCCCUCUAUGCUGUUCAUGACCAGACCCACGUGCGUGAGAUACUGGCUCAGUACAAAGUUGGCGAGCUGAGCCCUGAAGACAAAGCACCCUCCACCUUGAAGACCUCUGACCCUUACGCUGAUGAUCCUGUACGUCACCCAGCCCUGAAGGUCAAUAGCCAACGCCCCUUUAAUGCAGAGCCCCCCCCUGAACUGCUGACAGAAAACUAUAUCACACCUAACCCUAUCUUCUUCACCCGGAACCAUCUGCCUGUACCUAACCUGGAACCAGAAACCUAUCGCCUGCAUGUAGUAGGGCCACCUGGGUGUCAGUCGCUGUCCCUAUCCCUGGAUGACUUGUACCAGUUCCCCAAGCACGAGGUCACAGUCACUCUUCAGUGCGCUGGAAACCGACGCUCUGAGAUGACUCAGUUCAAAGAAGUAAAAGGUCUGGAGUGGAAUGCAGGGGCCAUUAGCACUGCACGCUGGGCUGGGGCACGCCUCUGUGAUGUGUUAGCCAAGGCUGGUCACCAACUCCGUGAAACUGAGGCCCAUGUCUGCUUUGAGGGACUGGACGCAGACCCCACAGGGACUGCGUAUGGAGCAUCCAUCCCUCUGGCUCGGGCCAUGGACCCUGAAGCUGAGGUCCUGCUGGCAUAUGAGAUGAAUGGGCAGCCCCUGCCUCGUGACCAUGGCUUCCCUGUGCGGGUGGUGGUUCCUGGUGUGGUGGGUGCCCGCCAUGUCAAAUGGCUGGGCAAAGUGAGCGUGGAACGAGAGGAAAGUUACAGUCACUGGCAGCGGCGGGAUUACAAAGGCUUCUCUCCGUCUGUGGACUGGGACACAGUAGAUUUUGACUCAGCUCCAUCUAUUCAGGAACUUCCUGUCCAGUCAGCCAUCACAGAGCCCAAGGAUGGGGAGACCGUACGAUCAGGGGAGGUGACUAUCAAGGGCUAUGCAUGGAGUGGUGGUGGGAGGGCUAUAGUCAGGGUGGAUGUGUCUCUGGAUGGGGGCCUAACCUGGCAAGUGGCUGAGCUGGAUGGAGAGGAGCAGCGUCCCCGGAAGGCCUGGGCCUGGAGGUUAUGGCAGCUGCAAGCGCCUGUGCCAGCUGGGAAAAAGGAAUUGAACAUUGUUUGUAAGGCUGUAGAUGAUAGCUACAAUGUGCAACCAGACUCAGUGGCCCCAAUCUGGAACCUGCGAGGUGUGCUCAGCAAUGCCUGGCACCGUGUCCACGUCCGUGUCACCCCAUGAAAAGGUGAAGUGGAAUUACCUACUCCCAGAAUCAUUUUCUCAACCCCUUCCAUAACCAUCCUUUUCACUCAUGACCACAGAAACACCUUGCCUUUCAUCAUCACUUCUUGGAUCACAACCUUGUACUAUGCCUUCCUAAACCACACAUAGAUAACAUGCAUUGCACAUUUCCAAGCAGGCAUCAGCUCUCCUUUGACACUAUGUUACAUAACUCCUAUUGUGCCCCUUGUUGAGAGCUGUUGGGGCUAGAAGGGGGGGAAAUUCUGUAAACAAGCACUCUUCCUACCCAACCUCCACUGCUAAUGUAUACCACCACUUUAUUCUACUCCUCUUCUUGGGAGUUUUCAGAGAAUGUGGAUACAUGUGACAAAAGUGUAUAUGCAACUUUCUACUUUCUACUUUCCACUUUCUGGGUUGCCAGGGAGGCAAUCCUGGUGAAAUCCUACCCCUUUAUAGUUCCACUUUUCUAAAUACAUCAAUAAAGUGUUUUAAGUCUA